GAAUCCAUGAGUCCAAAAGCGCAAGAGACCCGGAGAGUAACUACGACAGAAAGAGAGGCUGAAGGGAGGGAGAAAAGAUCUAUGAUGAUGAUGAUGACCUAGAAACAUCAGGAGCUACUCCUCUGGUUCUUGGGAUGAUGGGGAAUUUACGCAUCAGUGUUUGUUAAUGCUAAAAGAAAGGAAACCAUUGAUUGUCCGCAAAAGUUUACUUUUGUUUUUACGCAAGGAUGAUAAUAAGACAGUCGGACGCGCGCUCCGCUUCUCCAAAGUCACACCUAUGAGAAGGAAUAGCGCUUUUACGCAUUCAUGUGCGUGUGCGCGCGUAUGUGUGUGACCGAUGGCAGAGAAAUCCGAGCGCAACGGCUACGUGCGCGCGUGUGUCACUCCAGUGGAUCAAGACUCGUGUCCCUCGUGGCUGACUUUCAUUUGGAGCGCGUGGAGCUGUAGGAGUCUCUCUUCCGCCUUGUGCGUCGGCUCGGUGUCCGUGUUCCUCGCUCUGCUCGCGCAGUCCGCGGACUGGGAUGCGGAGCGCGCGCACGCACACCCGGGAUCUCCUGCGCUUUAUUUGGUGACGCUCUUGGAGCUCGCGUGGCAACUGCUCUCUCCGAUCUUCACGCUGGUCUGUGCCUUCUUCUGGGUGGGAGUGUAUCUUCUCCGCGGCGGGGUGCUCGUACGCACGGCCGUUCUCUUGCUCACCGUGUGCCAUCUGGGAGAAGCGGCGGCGCAUUCGCUCUUGGAUGCGCGUCAGCUAUACUCGUUUACGGCUACCGCGCUGGUGCUGCUCGCCUGCCUGGCCGGCGGGGCGCUCAUGGUGGUGCGGCUGGGUCAGGGCAUCUCCGUCCUCGUCUUCAUCAGCAUCAUCAGGACCCUGUCGCUCCUCUCGCUGCAGAAGGUGCGCGCCAGCUGGAGACCCUACCUGGCGUACUUGCUCGGGGUGCUGGGGGUCCUGUUGGCGAGGUAUGCGGACAGACUGCUGCCGGACCAGGGCGCAUCGCACCGGGAGGGAUCGAGGGGGGAUAUUCCCGUAUUUAAGAGGCGCAGGAGGUCCAGUUCUGUAGUUUCAUCGGACAUGGAUCAGCACGGACAGUCCAGGGGAAAAUCCCACAGGAGGACAUCUCUCCCCUGCCUACAGAGAGAGCAGAUGCUCCCUCAACAGGAAUGGGACCACAAAAGAGGCGCCCGCGGAUCUCAGUCUUCGGGCACCAGCGUGACGGUGGACAUUGCGGUGAUGGGCGAGGCCCACGGGCUGAUCUCAGAUCUGCUGGCCGACCCCUCCCUCCCCCCCAACACCUGCAGCACCCUGCGGGCUGUAAGCAACCUGCUCAGCACCCAACUCACCUUCCAACCGCUGCACCACCGGCCGCGUCUGAGCCCUCUGCUGGCCUUCAGCGAUGGUCACGCCUGCUCCGACUCCGAAGAGGCGGCCGAGAGAGGAGAGAAGCUGGCCAUCCCUAAGCGUUUGAGACGGAGUUUGCCUCCAGCGCUUUUGAGGCGGAUUUCUUCCACAUGGACCACCACCACCUCAGCCACAGGCCUGCCCACCCUUGAACCCGCGCCGGUCAGGCGAGACCGCAGUGCCAGUAUCAAAGCGCCUCACGAUGGCCCUUCCAGCAGUUUGCUGAACAGUGAUUCAGGGAACAACUCUGUAAUGCUCAACAUGUCCAAGAGCAGAUCCAUGUCUGCGUCAUACACUGCCUCCAACCACAUCUAUAGCAAGAACCGAAGAGCAGGUUUCCCUUCUUCCAACAUCUCGCCUCUGGCAUCACCCUGCCAUUCUCCUCCAGUCCAGGGCACUCCAGUGAACAGUCCCACAACAAAGACUCCUUCAGUUGAGCUACCUGACACAGAGCUUCCACAGGGAGACGGACCGUUGACGCGGAGCCCACAUGAGGCCUUAACCCACAGUCAGAGCGCUCCCGGCUCCGGUAGCACACACUGGAGUCAGACUCCACUCUGUAGCAGCUGUGGUAGACCGUACAGUAAGCUGAGACAUAGUGAUGGAUCAAUAGAUGGUGGAGAAAGACCCCAACAGUCAGAUGAAGCAGUGAUAAUAUUAUCAGACUAUGACAUCACCUAUGAGACCAACCACAGUGACACCAGCAACUUUGCACAGAAUGAUGAAGACGAGGAAGGUCGCAGGAAACUCUUCAAUGCCCCGUCCACGCUUAUACCACCAGAGGAUAAACCCAUUCUGGCUCCGGACCCCCUUGUGAUGGAGGGACUCGAACCCCUCAUGAACCAAAUCAACAACUGGAACUUCCCCAUCUUCAGUCUGGUGGAGAAAACCGAUGGCAAAUGUGGCUGCAUUCUAAGCCAGGUGUCCUACCGACUGUUUGUUGAUACAGGACUGUUCGAAACAUUCAAGAUUCCAGUGAGAGAGUUCAUGAAUUAUUUCCACGCUUUGGAGAAUGGAUACAGGGACAUCCCAUAUCAUAACAGGAUUCACGCAACAGACGUCCUCCACGCAGUUUGGUAUCUCUCUACCCAGCCUGUGCCUGGUUUACCCACCCUGACCCGCAUCCAGGGAUCAUGCAGUGAUUCGGACUGUGACAGCGGCCUCGCUCAUGGCCACACAAACUACCUGAUGUCCAAGACGUAUCCUGUAGAGGAGGUGGGCUACGGCUGUUUGUCUGGACUCAUCCCUGCCCUUGAACUCAUGGCUCUAUAUGUAGCUGCGGCCAUGCAUGAUUACGACCACCCUGGGCGGACCAAUGCCUUCCUGGUGGCCACCAGCGCUCCACAGGCUGUGCUUUAUAACGAUCGCUCAGUGUUGGAGAACCAUCACGCCGCCUCCGCCUGGAAUCUCUUCAUGUCACGGCCCGAGUACAAUUUCUUGGUCAGCCUGGAUCACAUGGAUUUCAAGCGUUUUCGCUUUCUGGUCAUCGAGGCCAUUCUCGCUACCGAUCUGAAGAAGCACUUUGACUUCCUGGCUGAAUUUAAUGCCAAGGUAGGAGAUGACGGUUGCUCAGGUAUCGAUUGGACUAAUGAGAACGACCGACUCCUGGUGUGUCAGAUGUGCAUUAAGCUAGCGGACAUAAACGGACCCUUGAAAAGCAAAGAACUUCAUCUGCGGUGGACGGAGGGCAUUGUGAACGAGUUUUACGAGCAGGGUGAUGAAGAGUCCAGCCUGGGUCUUCCCAUCAGUCCCUUUAUGGAUCGCUCAGCACCCCAGCUGGCCAAACUUCAGGAGUCCUUCAUCACACACAUUGUAGGUCCCCUGUGCAGCUCUUACGACUCUGCUGCCCUCAUGCCCGGGCACUGGGUCGACCCCAUUCCCAAAGAGGGUGAGGAUGCUGAAGAAGAGACUGAUGAAGAGGAUGAGGACACACCGGAGGAAGAUUCCUCCACCAGCUCCGAACUGUCCGAGAAACCAGCACCCAAGAAACGACGAAAAGUUUUCUGCCAGAUCACCCACCACCUGCUUGAGAACCAUGAAAUGUGGAAGAAGGUUAUUGCUGAAGAGUCUCAAUGCCAAACAGAAGAGGAGGGAUCCACAUGCCUCAGUAACACCCCUGAGCCAAUCGAUGAAGAAGAGGAGGAGCCAGGGAGCAAGGAGGAGCCAAUAAAUGACCAGGAGGUGGAACAUGAGGAGGAGCCGGAAGAGGAGGAAAGUCCUUUACCUGAAGAGACACAUGAAAAUGAAGGACAGGUGGAAGAAGCAGAUGCUGAGUUUGUAAAGGGAGUGAAUUCAGACUCAGCAACUGUACAACAUCUAAUGGGAAAACAGGAGGAAACAAAUGAAGAAACACAGACGAAGAACCAGAAUGAAUGACUCGCCAUUUUAAGAACAGAACAUUGUCUUAAAACUUUUAUUGGCGAGCAAAACUCCUAAGAAAUGGUUGCCAGCACAUCACUUAGACACAACACUGUAGAUGCUUGGGGAACAUGUGCCUAAAGGAAACAGGGUGGGGUGGUUUGGGACUCAACAGAUGAAGAGUUUUUAAUAAAAGUGGAAGGAUAUACAGUGCGCCUCCAACAAAGUAGACAUUGAAGAAGUUGCCAGGACUUUCUCUGGUGUUUUAGAGGUUUCCUAUAUUUUUAUCAACAAUGCAUCGGUCAGUCAUGGUUUCUACAAGUUCCUCUUUGCGAUACUCUCAGCUGCACCUUAAUAAAGAACCAACACCCCCCAAACUAUGACAGGGGUCCCAAUGACCUGCGACCACACAAGUUUUGCAGGCUUGACCGUCCUCCUCAUUCUGAGGAACGUAGCAUUGACUUGGAGAACAAGAAAUGAUCCAUCAUGAUUCUCGUUUGCUCACGUGAUAGUCUCCUAGAGGGCAUUUCACACAUCCGCAAUGAACGUGAAGAAACGUUCGGAAACAGCAUGCAUUUUUGAAGACAAACCACAUUCAUAACACUACAUUCCUUUCUAUUGUCCUGCCAUUCCCCUUCUUUACUUUUUAAGAGGCUCAUUGUGCAACUCUUCAAGGUCACGUGCCACAACGUCCAUGCUGCAAAUGUCUUUGUACUUUUUCUGAAGGCAUCAAAUCAAAAACCCAUCAUUCUCUCCCCUCACCUGAACAUUUUGUUUCUCCAAUUGCAUUCCAUUCAUCCACGGACUGAGAUUUUCUGUUUCUCAGGAUCAGACUGUUCAACUGAUAACUUUAAAAGGAGGUCAUUGGUUUUUACCGACUUUCUUGCAACUUUAUAAUCUUUUGAAUCUUGGUUUGUGACAAAAAGAAAAAGGGAAUCUUUGAUUCUUUUUUAACUUGUAAUUUCGAAAAAACAUCAAAGGCCUUUUUUAACAUAAUAGUCCAAUCAUUGUUUUACAAAUCAAAGUGAUUUGCUAUCUAUAUAUAUAACUAUACACACACAUCACUGUUACUUUAGUUUAAUUUAAGUGUAUUGCCUGACCAUUUUUAUGUAGUGAAGAGGCAUGCAAUAGUACAUUAUUUCAUCCUUCUUGACAUGUACCCAUAACAUCCGUUAUAAUGUACCUAACAAAUGUUUUUGUACUAUCUCUCUCUCCCCCCCUCUCUCACUCUCGCUCUCCAAGCCUCUGUUCCUACAUUUACAUUUAAGCUUCUUAGUAAACUGCUUCGGCAAAUUUCGAUGAUCAAAGGCACGGGCUGGAGCGCCUGGCCUGUAGGCUUUCAGAGAGCCUCCAGCAUCCAAAUUCCCUGCAGUCGCAUGUUCUCGGUCUGAACAAGGCAGUAGCAAUGCUUCAGUAGAACUGCCGCAGUCGUGCAGAUGGGGUGCAAGCUCCUCACGCCCUCAGCCCAAACGGAUGAGGCGCGAACGCCGUCCCUCUCACAUGGCGAACCCGAACGCCAUGUGCCGCACAUGAGAUACGGGCACCAGUCGACACGGCUGUCCGCUCUCGCCUUUGAUGUGUUGAAAGAGGCUGUUUGCUUGUGAUGGUAGUUUAGUCAGAGGCUGGCGAGAUGAAAUACUUCUGCAGGCUUAAUCACCUCGUAAUCAGCCCGAGUCCGAUGCCUUGGGUCUCCGUAUCAUCACUUUGAAGGAGAGCCAAUUAAAAAUGCCUAGGUAGGAGGUGACCGGUCAUGUCAGCAUUCAUCUUUAAAAAAUGUCCCCUCCAAUCGCGAUCCAGUCUAAGCCUUAAUAUUUUCAGGCAUGGUGGUGCAAUGUAGUUCAGCUAAUUAUUUAAGCAAUACUGACCCUAUCUGUAGAUUGGUAGCGUUUUCAAUGCACUUUCUCUAUUUUGUUGCUGUGUAAUCUCACACAGCUGAACUGUGUGUGCCAAAUAUAACUUUAAAACCAUUCUUGAACUUCCCCCAAAUGUGUAACACCGUUGUUUAGUGCGAGCCAACGAGUAACUGAUCUCAGUGGUGGGAAGAGAAUGCAAGAGCCAAGCUAUUGUGUAUGUGGUUGUGUGGAAAUGCGGUAUGAAUGUGUUUUACCAGUAUUUUACCUCUAUUGCUACUACAUGGCCACAUUUGCAAAAGACAUCAGGCCAUAGAUUUGUAACCCUAUAGCCAGAAUAUAAUAUGCUAUUUCAGAAACAUUAUUAACUGUUUUAUAGACCACACGUCACAUGAAGGAGGUUUAUUAAAGUCAUGCUCUUCAAAAUGUAAUCGAACCUGAUUAUUUUCUAAGUACACAUUACUGAAAAUACGGGGGGCGAUCCAUGGUAUUUUAAAGAGGAAAAAAAAUUGUCUUUUGCAGUCUUUUGCUGGAUAAUGUCAUUUAUGACUCUGUUUCUUAUUCGCCAUUCUAUCUGGUUGUUAAGUCUGACGUCAGGCGCCGCUUCCGGGUCCAACCUCUCACAGAGAAAAUAACAAAAAAAUCACAGCUAUAAUACACUUGUAUCAUAAUGAAAAACUAUCAAAAAAACACCCGAUUCUAAUUUUUAUCCCCAUAACAAAAUCCGAGAUGACCAGACAUGGAUUUAUGGACGUGGAGGGUUUUUAUGAUUCAUAAAUUUAUUGCUGUCUUUGAUUCUGGGAGCCUGAGACCGCCGUUUUACACGCGAGUUUAUAAUAUUUUCGCUUAAAUGUGUGCUAUGAAUAAAUAGUGCUCAUAAAUGGCUGUUUAAAUGUGAUGGCUUGGAGCUGGAAACUUAUUCCUUACAUCAUGACUUAACAACCGGAUAUAGACUCCCCAGCCCGAUCUUGAAUUAGCCCUUGUUGGUUAAUUCAUAUACAUUCAUAGAAAUACAGUGAAUCAUACAGAAACAUAGUGAGUAGCAAUUUUAAAAUACGAUUAUCAUAAAAAAAUAAUAAUGAAAUCCCACCCUUACAUCACUGAGGCGAAAGCAAAUUGAACAGAAAUGUACAAACGUAGUCGUGCAAAUAAAGUCAAAUUACCUCGUAAACUAGGGGAGAGUGGGGCACAACCUAACACUUUUUGGUUUUGCCUCAAUCAUUCAAAAAGUAUUUGAGUUUGAUUAAUUAUAUUUUUAAACAAGCAACACACACAUCUCUGCUACAAAUGAACAUUUGAAGUUUGUUUCUAUUACUUACCAUUCUUGGAUAAUUACGCAAAACAUGACAGAAGUGCAAACGUUACAACUUACCCCAUAGGGUGGGUUAAUUGUAACAGGCUAAACAGGUUAGUUGUAACACUUGCUAAAAAUUAAGUUUGCAGGCAAAUAUUUCAAUACUAUUUUGUCUAUAUACUGUCACGACAGGGUUGUAAGGACAGGACGCAAACGCAAGGUUCAAAAUAAAUAACAUUUAAUAAUAAAAACACGAAGGCAGACUUGGUGAAUGCAGGAACACAGGAACAUUAACACAGGAAACAGACAGGUUAUCAAUGACAAUAAUCCGGUCACAGGUGUGAAACAGACAGCAGUAUAAAUACACAACACUUAACAAGGAACAGGUGUGAUGAGGAAUCAGUCCGUGAAUUGUCCAGGUGACGUAAUCGGAGACACAAACAAAACAUGACACGGACUAGCCGUGACAUAUACUUGAAGUGGAUAUUGUUUAUAUAUCUGUCUAUAAUAGACAGCUAUCCACAUUGUAUUCAUUCACCUUUUCUAACAAUAGUUCAAAUAUAAAUGGAUAAAAAUGUCAAAUUCUGGGAUAAUGAGCAUCAAUGUCAGAUUUUAGCCAUUUAUUUCAUUAUGAUUUCAAUCUUUGACGUAAUCUUAUUCAAUCAAUAUUAAAGUUAUGAACAAAAAUAAAAUUGACACACAAUUUUUGAUAAGACAGGCAAAUUUAUUUUGUUGGCAGCCAGCAAUCAUUUGUGUGUAGUCUAUUUAAAACAACAGCAAGAAUUAUGCUAACGUUAGCGGUUUUCAUAUAGUAAGUGAGAGGGGUUAGUUGUAACACAGCGUUACAAUUAACCCCGCUGGGUCAGAAUAUUUUCAAUCCCACCAAAAAAGUUGCUAAGAGCUGCAGACAUAUUUCAAGACGAUGCUAUGUUUUAGUCAACAAGACACUGAUUAAUAGAUAUUAAUAUCUAUUACAAAGCAUUGGAUUUGGUAUCUUACACACCCAACUUAGAAAAAAAAACAUAUGAUGAAAAAAUGUACUUACAUGCCACCAAAACACUCAUUCAUCAAUAACUCUCUGGAAAACCAUUAUAAAUUUCCAAUAAUUUGCGGGAGAUCGUCUUUUGGCAGCAUGAAAAAAAUACCGGAAAAACAAAAUGCUCAACCUUGUGCAACAAUGUAAUCAGUCCGUGUUACAACUAACCCCGCGUUAGUUUUUGCCCCGCGCACCCCUACAUAUAAUUGAGAUUGCAUUGGACUCCCCGUCCUAUGAGUCAUAUACAAAUGUUUCUAUUAUCCAUAUAAUCAAAUCCUACUCUAUACACUCUAAAAAAACAAACGGUGCUAUAUAGCACCAAAACUGUUGCUUUGGAUCGUAACCAUAGAAGAACCAUUUUUAGUGCCAUAUAGCACCGGUGAAGCACCUGUGUAGCACCUGUGUAGAACCAUAUAGGGGCCAUAUAGCACCACUAUAGCACCACAUAUGGUUCUACAAAGCAGUAUAUGGUUCUACACAGGUGCUUCACCUGUGGUAUAUGGCACUAAAAAUGGUUCUUCUAUGAUUACGAGCAAAGAACCACUUUUGGUGCUAUAUAGCACCGUUUGUUUUUAGAGUGGGAAAAACCUAAUUUCACUAUAUGAUCUAAAGCAGUGGUUCUCAAUUCCAGUCCUCGGGCCCCCCUCCCAGAACAUUUUAGAUGUCUCCAUAAAUAAAACACCUGAUUCAGUUAAUAUUGUGUUAAUUAAGGAGCCUAAUGAGUGAAAUCAGUUGUUUCAUAUAAGGAGAUAUCUAAAACAUUAAGGGUGGGGGGAGCCGAGGACUGGAAUUGAGAACCACUGAGCUAAAGUACUUCGGGAAACAGUCUCUGAGAUUACUUUUCAACUUUAGCACAACUUAUGUUACUAUUUAGUGAUAACUAUGAAGCAGUUGAGACAUUCGAUUACUUGUAGGGUGAAAGGUCACUGAUGAGUGUAGUGUUAUUGAGUUUUACUCAUCACCUUCACACUUCUGUAUUCAAUUACUCAGAGAGACCUUCACUGUAGAAUUAGCCCAUGAUUCUUUCUUUAAUAAAUUGAUUAAGGCACAGGAAUAUUGAUUUUCUGCUUUGUGUGAUUAUUGGAUGUGUAUGUGAUUGUGUGUACUGUAUGUUGUCAUGGCAGCAGUUUCUCUAUCCUCCACUGUGACUCUCAUUGGUCGCUCCAUACGUGCACUCUGAUAUUUUUCUGAUCCCGUUACGAUAACGUCUCAAAUCAGUAUGAGUGACACAAGCCUCACAUUUAAAUAACAUUAUAUACUUCACACUUCACUAAUUCUGUCUGUUUCUUAUAUAUCUCAUACCUAAAUACAUUACAGUGCGUACAGUUCAUCUGAGAAACCUGAAGGGUUUUCUAGAAAUGCAUUAUGGUGAAGUGUAAAGUACAUUGUGAUGUGCCCGAUUCAUUCAUCCAAGGUUUUCAUUUACUUUCACACUAUAGUCUGUUUGACUUGCACGUCAGUUUCAAGGGGAUGUGGGCACAAGGUUUCACCUCAUCUAAGAUUUGUAUUAUAUAUAUUUCCUUUGUAUUUUCUGUUCUUUUGUCUUCAGCUGUAGGCGUUUGAUAGCUGUGUUCAUCGGGGCACUCGUUUCAUUCACCUUGGGAACCAAACAAGCUUUACUCCUCUCUGAUAAAGAGAUACCGGACUUGUACUUUUUUAUAUAGUUGGCACUUCACUGACGAAAUAAUUAUUUUUCUUCUCACUUGUAUCUUGCACUUAACACAUGUAGCAAUACAUAUAGAACGGGGAACUGUGUCAAUCACCAGUAUUCGUAAAGUGAAAUAUUCAGUUAAAUGCUGAUUGUUGUUCCAUUUUGUACAAAAAAACAAACAAAACAAUAUUGUGUACAGUUUAAACAUGAAACGAGACAGAAACAAUGCCAAAAAAAAAAGGGACGGAAAAGAUGAAAAUGACAACUGAAGUCUUUUAGAUAAACAUUAUUUAUUUUUACUGUUUUGUAAUUUAGACACUAUACUGUAGCUCCUCUAUUGCCAGGCUUACUGGAAGUGCCUCUUGGUAUAAUGUAACAUACAGAAAAUAUAUAUAUUGAGAUUAUUAGAAUCUGUCACAAGAUGAACAUUGUGGAUGUUGUAAUGUGAAUACAGUUUAAUAAUACGAGUGAAUUACUGUGGUA